UUACCAAGAAAAGAAAUAAAUAUUAAUGAAUUUGUUCAAUUUUCAACAAAUUUUUUAAAUUUAUCGCAUCUUUCAAAGAACAUGACUAAACAGGAGGUAGAUGUCUCCCUUCCAAAAUUUAAAAUGGAAGAAACUGUGGAGCUGGCACAAUACUUAAAGAAGAUGGGGUUGGAAGAAGUGUUCAACGCCAACCUCAGUGGUGUGAUUAAUGAUGAGGAACUCACUUGCGAUGAAAUCAAACAGAAAGCUUAUUUAGAAAUAAAGGAAAAAGGUUCGGAAGCUUCCUCAGCAACUGUGUCAACUUUAAUCAAAGCCCAGGAAGAGAAGUUGCCUCCCAAAGAUGGGUUACUAAUCUACGAAGCAAAUAUAUCAUCGGAAAUUACCAACCGUUUUGCCAAGACCAAGGUGGUGUGGAGGGUGAAGAAUACCAACAAGACGGCUGCUGAUGCUGACUUUAAAGUUAUCUUAACCGAUACGGCUUUCAUCACGGAAUUUAUCAUGGAAAUUGAAGGCAAAAGUUACAAAUCGUACAUAAAAGAAAAAGAGGAGGCAAAGAAUAUUUAUAAUGAAGCAGUGGCACAAGGGCAAAGUGCGGGGCUCGUCGAAGCAAAGACAAGAGAUUCGAGGGAAUUUACAGUGUCGGUAAAUCUGGAGCCUGAUUCGGUGGGGGUAUUUUCUUUAACCUACGAAGAAAUGCUUCAGCGGGUCCACAAUCAAUAUGAACUGGUGUUGAAUAUUUGCCCGGGGCAAAUUGUGGAUGACUUAAAUAUUGAGGUCCGCAUUAAUGAGAGUCGACCUCUAAAAUUUGUAAAAACGCCACCUUUGAGAUCAGGAAACGACAUGAAUACGUCGGAAUUCGUUCAAUACCUUGACCCUUUGUCGGAUGUUAAAGUAAUAAAUCCAAAAACCGCUACUAUCAAGUUUCAUCCUAAUACCACGAGGCAAAGAAAAAUGACUCAUUAUCUGGGAAAUAAAACAAGCGAUGGCUUGUCGGGUCAGUUUGUCGUGCAGUACGACGUAGAAAGAGAACCCCUCAACGGAGAAGUGUUGCUACAAGAUGGCUAUUUUGUUCACUUCUUUGCCCCGAACGACCUAGACCCGUUACCGAAGCACCUCGUUUUCGUGUUGGACACCAGCACGAGUAUGAGGGGAAGGAAAAUUGAUCAGCUGAAAGACGCUAUUAUGAAUAUUUUGGGCGAUUUACAUAAAGAAGACAUGCUGAGUAUUAUCGAGUUUAACACUGACGUUAUUGUGUGGGAUGUUGACUCAAAAGAAUCAACCACUGUGCCUGCGGGUAAUAUAAAGGAUUUCAAGGAGCCUUUUGCCUAUUUACAACAAUGUAUAUCGUCAGAUCCACACCUUGUUAGUGAGGAUAUUAUAAAAAAAGCAAAAGAGGUCGUUCAGGGUAUUAUGGCUAUUGGAUGUACCUUCAUGAUUGGCGGUUUAGAAACGGCUUUGUAUUUAGUAAAAACGGGACAACAGAAAAACAAGGACAAGGAUCAGAAGCUUCAACCCAUCAUAGUAUUUCUGACCGACGGUGAGCCCAACGUUGGCAUCCCCUCAACAGACCAAAUCGUUGAACUAGUGACUCAUCUGAACACGAAAGACAAGGUUCCUAUAUUUUCCCUGUCUUUUGGAGAUGGUGCAGACAAAGACUUUCUGAGGAAGCUGUCUUCAAAGAACCUGGGUUUCUCGAGGCACAUAUACGAAGCCGCCGACGCCUCUUUGCAGCUGCAGGACUUCUACAAGCAGAUUUCUUCCCCGCUCUUGCACGACAUCAAGUUCAAGUAUGACGCGGAAGUGGCAGAAGUCACUAGGACCUGGUUCCCCAUUUACUUUAGGGGCUCCGAGUUGGUCGUUGCCGGAAGAUGUGCAGAACAAAUAUUCCCGACUGCCAUCGACUGUUGGGGCCCCCGCGGUCCUAUAAUAAUAAGAUCGGCCACGGAAAGACCCGUAACUUCCCUAGAACGGCUAUGGGCCUACCUCACAGUGAAACAGUUGUUGGACGAGAAGGAUUCCGCAGCAAAUCCAGAAGAGUUAACCAAAAGGGCCGUUAAUUUGGCACUUAAAUACUCUUUUGUGACGGACGUGACGUCGCUGGUGGUGGUAAAGCCUAAGGAAACAGCUCCUGUCCUAGAGAAUCGUGUCGCGGAUCUUGGUUACAGAGAUAUGGGCUAUAUUACUCCACAAUCAGCAGAUCUCUCUUGUCGUUUCUUAAAAAAAACAAGAAAAAUGAAGAAAAAAUGCAAAAAAUAUGCUAGUGGGAUACAAGCAGCUAGUGAUAUUCUUGACGAUGACAAUGAACCGUCAGAAUUUGUUGUUGAACAUGAAGGUGUGGAAUCUGAUUCUGUAAAGAAACCUGCAGAAGAGUUUACGGCUGAUCAUCCGUUCUUAGUCUUCUUGCAGGUGGAGAUCGACGAUGCCGUUUUGAUACUUUUCCGGGGCUGCGUUUAUAAACCCAGUUAUUAAUUAUGACAAGCUUGCACUAUGUAUUUUUUCUAACGGGACAUACCGGCUUACUCGAGUAAGAUUCACUUUAUAAGACCUGUCACUUGACUGUUUAGAGAUCUCUCACUUGAUCAGGUUAUCGACUUGCUUGUGUGGGUUGGUGUGCCGAUUAAAAAAAUGGCUUAAAUUUUACAAUAAUUAGAAUUAUGUAUAUGACGCUUUUUUAAGAAAAUAUAUACUAGUCAGUUAUAAACUACAUAUAUUUUAUAUAAUAUUUUAUGUUUACAAGUUUUAAAUGUUGUUUAAUGUGUGUAAAACUAUAUAUUUUAUUAAAUCACUAAUGCUUUGA